GCGUCCACCCGGACGGAGUGCCCUUCGCACUCCAGCGCUUGCGUACUUGACUUUCAUCCGUCUUCUCUGGGGCGAUGCCAACGAGGACAGAAGCGACUUCGGCUUCGGGAGCCUGCAGAAACCCAACGACGACAGGCUCACGACCAUGAACCUCGUGCCAUCCGUACGUAGGCACACAAGCCUGACUGUCCUUAGUGCUGACAACGUGCGGCUGCACUCCCCACUUCGGGAGUUCGUCCGUCAGCGGGAGAACAACCGCAACUUUCCAGACUCCUGUGUGGAGCUGGACGUACUUAGAGACAAGGCCGUGGCUGUCUCCCUCUGGGACCUUGACAAGGUCCUUGCAGAUGACA